GAGGCUCUACGAUCGGAACUAUCCGAUUGGACACCAAAAACGCAUUCAGAAAUAAAAUCCCUGCUAUUAGAAAUGGCUGACAGACAAGUUGCCAUCCACACCCAGGCCCUAUUGGGCUGGGAGCACGCAUUAAAGCUAGCAACAGAGGCUGACGCAGAACAGUUAUUUAAAACUGUCUCAAGAACUGAGGCACAACAUGUCUUGAGUCAGGGGACUGACAAUUUCAGCCAGGCGAAUGACAACUUCAGCCAGGGGACUAACAUUAAACCCCAGGGCAAUUGUAUUGAUAUAGAAGUUAAUAACACACACAACGACAUUGAGAGUGUAAGCAGUGGCAUUGGCAUAAAUAACAAGGAAACUGACACUUUAAGCCCUGUGAUUGACAUUAUAAACCAGGAGAAUGACAUAAAAGCCCAGGGGAAUGAGGUCGAGUAUCAAAAUGGUGAUAAUGCAUCGAAUAAUACAGAAAAUGAUAUUGACAAAUCGUUAUUUGAACAAAAAUCGUUACUUGAUCCUUUACACGAUUUUUCUGAAGUAGAUCUGUCGUCAUGAUUCUACGACUCUUUGUUUUUCAGUGUAUUACGAGAGUUUUAAUUUAUUGUUUAGAAAUAAAGGAUUGACCUCGAAUAAAAGGUCGAAGUCAACUGAACCUGAAUAGUCAAAGGUCCCUAUUGAAGGACAGAGAUUGGGGCUCCCAUACCGGGAAUCUGUCUCGAUUCAACGUUGCUCCCUCCUCUCCGCCUCUAUACCUAAGGCGUGGACUACUUUAAAAGGUCAGGUCACAUUUAAUAAGAAAACAAACUUUAUUCGAAUCUCAAACGUUUAUAAAUUUGAACUUAAAAUAAUUUAACUUUUAUACAGGAUUAUUUUUAAAGUACUAAACAACCUCACAGGACUAUAAAAAAAAACAUUAUUGACAUGAUAAACAACAACUUUAAAAAAAUAGACCGCUCUAAACGGUGUAAACUCUGUGCGGUAACAAAAGAAAUUGCAAAACGCAUGAAAGCGGGGGUGGGGGUCAUCGUGGAGGACGCUUGCACGUUUGAACUUGCCUACAACCUAAUACAUAUCUAAAGUGUGUCAGAUAGAACAACAAAAACUUUAAAUCUAUUUUUGGUAAAUUUAUUAUGUUUUUUAAAACAUCGUAGAACAAAAGAUGUUGUUUAUGAUAUUACUAAUAUAGUCCAGGGAGAUUGUUAAUAUUAUACGAAUAACUGUGUAUAAUUAUUUAUUUCGAUUAGGUUUUUGUCGGGCACCCAGUUGCAGGCGUUCCGGUGCACGCAAAACGGGACACAAAGAUACUUUUCAAUUUGCAAUGUUUUUUAUUUUCAGUUUCAGUGCAUUGUAAAUUCAGCCGUAUCUGCAUAAAGUUUCCGUUCAAUUUUGCGCGCGCUGAAACGCAUACUCGGUUUUAAUGUAGUCUGUUUUUGUUGCGUACAUUUGUCUAGAUAGGGUGUAAAUUAACCUCACAAUGUUCUUUGAUUAUUAUAGUUGAAAAACUUACAGAUUGC